AUGGCCCGAGCCCGCCCGCCGCCGCCGCCGCCGCCGCCGCCGGGGCUCCUGCCGCUGCUCUCUCCGCUGCUGCUGCUGCCCCUGCUGCUGCCCUCCGGCUGCCGGGCGCUGGAAGAGACCCUCAUGGAUACAAAAUGGGUGACGUCCGAGUUGGCAUGGACAUCUCAUCCAGAAAGUGGGUGGGAAGAGGUGAGCGGCUAUGACGAGGCCAUGAACCCCAUCCGCACGUACCAGGUGUGUAACGUGCGCGAGUCAAGCCAGAACAACUGGCUUCGCACAGGGUUCAUCUGGCGGCAGGACGUGCAGCGGGUCUACGUGGAGCUCAAGUUCACUGUGCGUGACUGCAACAGCAUCCCCAACAUCCCUGGCUCCUGCAAGGAGACCUUCAACCUCUUCUACUAUGAGGCUGACAGCGACGUGGCCUCGGCCUCCUCCCCCUUCUGGAUGGAGAACCCCUACGUGAAGGUGGACACCAUCGCGCCCGAUGAGAGCUUCUCGCGGCUCGAUGCCGGCCGUGUCAACACCAAGGUGCGCAGCUUCGGGCCGCUCUCCAAGGCCGGCUUCUACUUGGCCUUCCAGGACCAGGGCGCCUGCAUGUCGCUCAUCUCUGUGCGUGCCUUCUACAAGAAGUGCGCAUCCACCACCGCAGGCUUCGCGCUCUUCCCCGAGACCCUCACCGGGGCUGAGCCCACCUCACUGGUCAUUGCCCCUGGCACCUGCAUCGCCAACGCCGUGGAGGUGUCGGUACCCCUCAAGCUCUACUGCAACGGUGACGGGGAGUGGAUGGUGCCUGUGGGUGCCUGCACCUGUGCCACCGGCCACGAGCCAGCCGCCAAGGAGUCCCAGUGCCGCCCCUGUCCCCCUGGGAGCUACAAGGCAAAGCAGGGAGAGGGGCCCUGCCUGCCCUGCCCGCCCAACAGCCGCACCACCUCGCCAGCCUCCAGCAUCUGCACCUGCCACAGUAACUUCUACCGCGCAGACUCCGACUCUGCAGACAGUGCCUGUACCACGGUGCCGUCUCCGCCCCGGGGUGUGAUCUCCAAUGUGAAUGAGACCUCGCUGACCCUCGAGUGGAGUGAGCCCCGGGACCUGGGCGGCCGGGACGACCUCCUGUACAACGUCAUCUGCAAGAAGUGCCGUGGGGGCCUUGGGGCCGGGGGCACCGCGACCUGCUCACGCUGCGAUGACAACGUGGACUUUGUGCCUCGGCAGCUGGGCCUCACAGAACGCCGGGUCCACAUCAGCCGUCUGUUGGCCCACACGCGCUACACCUUUGAGGUGCAGGCCGUCAACGGUGUCUCGGGCAAGAGCCCUUUGCCCCCCCGCUACGCGGCUGUGAAUAUCACCACCAACCAGGCUGCCCCUUCUGAAGUGCCAACACUACACCUGCACAGCAGCUCAGGAAGCAGCCUGACCUUGUCCUGGGCACCCCCAGAGCGGCCCAACGGAGUCAUCCUGGACUACGAGAUGAAGUACUUUGAGAAGAGUGAGGGCAUCGCCUCCACAGUGACCAGCCAGAAGAACUCCGUGCAGCUGGACGGGCUGCGGCCUGACGCCCGCUACGUGGUCCAGGUCCGCGCCCGCACCGUAGCUGGCUAUGGGCAGUACAGCCACCCGGCUGAGUUUGAGACCACAAGUGAGAGAGGCUCUGGUGCCCAGCAGCUCCAGGAGCAGCUCCCCCUCAUCGUGGGCUCUGCCACAGCUGGGCUUGUCUUCGUGGUGGCUGUUGUGGUCAUUGCUGUCGUCUGCCUCAGGAAGCAGCGGCACAGGUCUGAUUCAGAGUACACGGAGAAGCUGCAGCAAUACAUUGCUCCUGGAAUGAAGGUUUAUAUCGACCCUUUUACCUACGAAGACCCUAAUGAGGCUGUGCGGGAGUUUGCCAAGGAGAUCGAUGUGUCCUGUGUCAAGAUCGAGGAGGUGAUUGGAGCUGGGGAGUUCGGGGAAGUGUGCCGGGGUCGGCUAAAACAGCCUGGCCGCCGGGAAGUGUUUGUGGCCAUCAAGACACUCAAGGUGGGCUACACAGAGAGGCAGCGGCGGGACUUCCUCAGCGAGGCCUCCAUCAUGGGUCAGUUUGACCAUCCCAACAUAAUCCGGUUGGAGGGCGUGGUCACCAAAAGUCGGCCAGUCAUGAUCCUUACUGAGUUCAUGGAGAACUGUGCCCUGGACUCCUUCCUCCGGCUCAACGACGGACAGUUCACGGUCAUCCAGCUGGUGGGCAUGUUGCGGGGCAUUGCUGCCGGCAUGAAGUACCUGUCUGAGAUGAACUACGUGCACCGAGACCUGGCUGCCCGCAACAUCCUUGUCAACAGCAACCUGGUCUGCAAAGUCUCAGACUUUGGCCUCUCCCGCUUCCUGGAGGAUGACCCCUCUGAUCCUACCUACACCAGCUCCCUGGGCGGGAAGAUCCCCAUUCGCUGGACCGCCCCAGAGGCCAUAGCCUAUCGGAAGUUCACCUCUGCUAGUGACGUCUGGAGCUAUGGAAUCGUCAUGUGGGAGGUCAUGAGCUAUGGCGAGCGACCCUACUGGGACAUGAGCAACCAGGAUGUCAUCAAUGCCGUGGAGCAGGAUUACCGGCUGCCCCCACCCAUGGACUGCCCCACAGCACUGCACCAGCUCAUGCUGGACUGCUGGGUGCGGGACCGGAACCUCAGGCCGAAAUUCUCCCAGAUCGUUAACACGCUGGACAAGCUCAUCCGCAACGCCGCCAGCCUUAAGGUCAUCGCCAGUGCCCAGUCUGGCAUGUCACAGCCCCUCCUGGACCGCACGGUCCCAGACUACACGACCUUCACGACAGUUGGUGACUGGCUAGAUGCCAUCAAGAUGGGGCGGUACAAGGAGAGCUUUGUCAGUGCGGGGUUUGCGUCCUUUGACCUGGUGGCCCAGAUGACCGCAGAAGACCUGCUCCGGAUCGGGGUCACCUUGGCGGGCCACCAGAAGAAGAUCCUCAGCAGUAUCCAGGACAUGCGGCUGCAGAUGAACCAGACGCUGCCUGUGCAGGUCUGACACCCAGCUCCCACUGGACGGGUGCCCUCCAGGGACUGUGCAGGACUCUGACCAGCUGGCUGGACUUCGGGACUUCGGGAUGUCUGGCCUUCGGCUGUGGCCCAGAAGAUGGAAGUCUGGGGAAGGCCCAAGCUAGGACUUCUCCUCCAGGCCUGUGCUCCCUCCACAGGAAGUUUGCCCCAAACCUCUUCAUAUUGAAGAUGGAUUAGGAGAGGGGGUGAUGACCCCUCCCAAGCCCCUCGGGGCCCCGGCCUUCCUGUUCUCCAGUGGGGGAUCCCCACCACCUCAGACUUGGCUGUUCUUCAGUGCUGGAGGUCCUGGCGCGGUCAGGUGGGGAAUACACCUGGGUUCCAUAGGGCCCAGCCCUGGCAGGGGUCUGGACCCCCAGGUAGGCAGAGAGCAGUCCCUCCCUCAGGAACUGGAGGAGGGAACUCCGGGAAUG